GGGAAUUUCUUUUUGGAAAGUGGCGCCAUUGAACAAUAUCAAUAUACCAAUUGACAAAAGAUUACAAUCCAAGAUGCCGUUAGUUCCCAAGUCUUCCUACUACGAUAAGAAUUACAAACAAUCUGCUGCCCUUAUUCGAGCGCGAAGACCAUAUCUUGUUAAGAAUGCUUUGACAGGGGCGGGCAUUGCUGCAUUUGCUCUUGGAGUUUUUGCUUUCACUAUCAGAGCAGUUUCGCAAGACGACUUUGAAGAUGUUAAAGUACCAGCCGCGCCAACCACGCGGGAUUCUUGAGUGGAGUGUGACGAUAUAACUGAGACCAAGAAUGGCUCCUGUGGGCUAAGUUCUAUAAACGUGGAGGCAACUUCAUAGUGCCAAAAUCGAGCGGACUAGGGGCUACAAAAUCACAAGUAGAUGCAAUGGUUAUCACAGGUUCAAUGGGAGUUGUUUGGAUGAAGGAAGACUCUUGAGGAUUUCAAGGGCUUCAGGUCUGUAGCUUUUUGGAUUUGAAGCCACACGUUAUAAUUACAGAUGUAGAUAGUAUUAUUGCAAUACUGCCUAAAGGCUGAAGGGAAUCAUAUACCAUCAAUGGUAACCAUCCAUAUCCCAGAACGCCGAAUCAAAUAAAAAUGCUUUUCUGCCGUAACA